AAAAUUGAUACUCCUAUAAUCUCAUCUUCCUUUGAUUGAUAUAAGCCAGAGAAUACAAGUGAAAAAAAAAAAAAAAAAAAUGUCGCAAGCAGCAGAGGAAGAUAAGAAGCCAGCUGGUGGAGAUCAAGUUCACAUCAACCUUAAAGUGAAAGGACAGGAUGGUAAUGAAGUCUUCUUUAGGAUUAAAAGAAGCACCCAGCUUAAGAAACUCAUGAAUGCAUAUUGUGACCGGCAGUCGGUGGACUUCAAUUCAAUUGCCUUCUUGUUUGAUGGUCGCCGUCUUCGUGGAGAGCAGACUCCAGAUGAGCUGGAGAUGGAGGACGGUGAUGAAAUUGAUGCAAUGCUGCAUCAAACUGGAGGCUCAACUGUUUGAGGAGUCUCUUUUGUUUAUGGACAUAGUUUGUGCUUCUAGGUAGUAUGACUUUAAUGAAUGUAGCUUUUGCUACCUUAGGACAUGUAAGCAAUAUAUGAGCUAUGUGGUUUUGCUUGCGGACCAGCUUGUAUGAACUUAACUACUACUAUUACUUACUGUUGUAAGAAGAUAACCUCGCUGUGAAAUUAAAGUGUUGCUUGUUCUAUCUA